CUUUAACGGCGGUGGCUCCUCGCUCCGCGGCCCCGGCGGCUGCUGCUGCUGCUGGCACUGCGGCUUCUGCUGCCGCUGCUGCUCGACCUCCGGCAGCUGCAUCCUCGGCCGGGUGGGGUCCCCACCCCGCGCCCCGCCAUGGUGUCCUGGAUCAUCUCUCGCCUAGUGGUGCUCAUCUUCGGCACCCUGUACCCAGCCUAUUCCUCCUACAAAGCCGUGAAGACAAAAAACGUGAAGGAAUAUGUGAAAUGGAUGAUGUACUGGAUCGUCUUUGCCUUCUUCACCACGGCUGAGACGCUCACAGAUAUCGUGCUCUCCUGGUUCCCCUUCUAUUUCGAGCUCAAGAUCGCCUUUGUGAUAUGGCUGCUGUCCCCCUACACCAAGGGCUCCAGUGUGCUCUACCGCAAGUUUGUGCAUCCGACGCUGUCCAACAAGGAGAAGGAGAUCGAUGAGUACAUCACACAGGCCCGAGACAAGAGCUAUGAGACCAUGAUGAGGGUGGGCAAGAGGGGCCUGAACCUGGCCGCCAAUGCCGCUGUCACAGCUGCUGCCAAGGGCCAGGGGGUGCUGUCAGAGAAGCUCCGGAGCUUCAGCAUGCAAGACCUGACCCUGAUCCGGGACGAGGACACGCUGCCCCUGCGGGGCCCUGACGGCCGCCUCCGCCCCAGCAGCCUUCUGGACACCAUCGAGGACCUAGGAGACGACCCCGCCCUGAGUUUAAGGUCUGGCACAAACCAGGCGGAUUCCCGGACAGAGCCCUCUGAGGAUGAUGUGGGAGACAAGGCCCCUAAGAGGGCCAAAUCCAUCAAAAAAGUGCCCAAAGCUGAGCAGCCCCUGGCUUCCAAGACGCUGAAGACCCGGCCCAAGAAAAAGACCUCUGGUGGGGGUGACUCAGCUUGAGGUCUGGACACCCCACUGGCUGCAGAGCUUCCGCUCCGCACUGUGCCUGUAGCCGUGUGCUGCAGGCCCCAGGGCCCCUCAGAUGGCUGUUUCUGGUGCCCGCCCAGUGGCUGCUUGUCUGGAAGGGCUUGGAAAAGAGGAGGGAAGCCUGCUGGGGGGCGGGGGUGUGGGUGAAGGUGGAGGCUGGACCAGGAGCUGAGGACUGAGCCACCCAAGAAGGUGGAGGCUCCUCAGAGCCUGAACUGCCACUCUCCCUGCUCCAGCCCUGUUUGCCCACCCAGUGCCUUGCUGAAGACCACAGCCAUCUGCUUCUCUGAGGUCCUAAGUGCACCUGCUGCUGUCCCUGGGCUGGGGGUAGGGGAGCAGUCACAGCCCGGGUGAACCAGAGGGCAGGGAGGUGCCUGGGGGAGGCAGGGGGUGAGGAGGGCCUCAGGGAGCCUGGGCAGGGGCUGCAGGCCACAGCUGUGAAUGGCGGCUGGGGGCUGAGUGUGGGCUAGAGUGACCGGGAUGGCCAGGCCAGAGCCGUAGUUGGGGCAUUGGAUGAACUGUGUGUUGGAUGUCCCCACUAAAAGGACAUGGGUUUCUGGGAGUGUGGGUGUGUUUUUCCGGGUCCAGGGCUGGGGGGUUUGGGGUACAGGACUUUCCCUCUCACGGUGGUCUCUCCCUGUGACCUCUCUCCACCCUCGGCCCUCCCUCCUAGUCUCUGAGCCUCACGGGGGCCCAGCCCAUGAUUGGCUCUGUGGGGCCUUUCACGAACUCCUCUGACCUCAGCUCUUUUUCGCCCCUUCCCAUUCCUUUCCUGCCCCUGGACUGGACUCCUCUACCCCUCGGGGCCCACCGGAGAGGCCCCUGCUGAGACAGCUCCUUUCCUCCACACCAGGAGGCCCAUCCUUGCCCCAGGUCUUCCUGUGCCAAGGAGACGGGCUCCACGUGAGCAGCCCCCUGCCAGAGCCCGCCCUUUGCCCUACGUCCUGCCCUUAGCAUUCUGCUGUGACUUCAGUCAGAGCCAGGAAGACUGUGUGAAGGGGAAAGGAAAUGGAGGAGCCAGGGGUUCCCAAUUCAUUAGAAGUGGAUGCUCAUUCAACCUUUGGCACUGGACAAACCAAUAAACCAAACUCUGGCACCACA